AUGUUUGGGACAGGUUUUACGGCUUUGUUAGUUGAACCUUGCCCUCCGCAGGUAGAGCAGACAUCCAUCGCUCGACCAUCUGGCUUUUCGAGCCGCCCCUCCCUCUUCGCCAGAAGGCAAAACCAAGAGGAGCCUUUGAAGAAGACCGCCAGGGCCUCGUUCCUGCAGCUGAACAAAGACUACGCAGUGGAGCGGCUACGAGAAGAGUCGAUUAACGAGUUCGGCAACGAGAACAUCGAGCUGCAAGAGCAAGAUAGGCAUGAGAGGCGGUGGCCCAUGCUCUUAAAAGUGGUCCGGAGCCCCCACUCCGAAACCGUGAGCCUCGCCAUAACAUGUCUAAACGCGAUCUGGAUUGCUUUGGACCUCGAGUUCAACGAUGCUCUAACUGUGCUGGAGGCGGAUCCACUCUUCGUUGUUGUUGAGCUUCUGUUCCUGGCCUAUUUUGGCGGAGAGGUAGUGAUGAGGUAUCUGUCCUAUGCGUCAACCAGGCGGGCCUGUCGUGACCGCUGGUUCCUUUUUGAUGUCAUUCUGGUCACGCUCAUGAUCGUCGAGAUAUGGCUCAUUCCGAUGAUAGGCUUAACAAGUGGAGACUCCUCGGAUUCCGGUGGUGGUAUCGGAGAUGCCUCUUUCCUUCGCAUGCUGCGGCUGGUGCGGAUCACGCGCGUAAUUCGCGUCGCAAGCUACAUGCCGGAAGUGAUGAUCAUCAUCAAGGGACUGACAGUGGCCUCACGGUCGGUCUUCUUCACUUUCGUGCUCCUCUUGCUCAUUACCUACAUCUUCAGCAUUGCUUUCAGGCAGCUCGCGCAAGAUAACCUCUUCUUGGAAUCAGAGCUGUUUCCGUCGGUUCCAGCCACGGUGCUGACAUUGAUCGUGCAGUGCGUGAUGCCAGACCAGGAAGCCUUCUUCCAGAAGGUCUCUCAGAAUGGAGGCUGGUUUAUGGGCAUGUUGGUGGUGGUGUUCAUCUUGGUCUCGUCACUCAUCGUGAUCAACAUGCUGAUCGGUGUCUUAGUGGAGGCCGUUCAGACCGUUUCGGAUGUGGAGCACGAAGCUAUUCAGAUUGCCUUCGCGAAGCGUCUCCUCCGUGAAAUACUUUGCGACGAGGCCACGCAGGCCGAGGGCAGCAUCUUGACACAGGAGGAGUUCUUCAGCAUGCUGGAGCGACCGGAGGCGAUUAAAGGUUUGGUCCAGCUCGGUGUGGAUCAUGUGGCCGCCAAGGAGUACGGCAAGCUGCUCAUGGAAGAUGGCGAGCCACUCACAUUCGGCGAGUUCCUGGAAAGCAUGCUGCUGCUCCGUGGGUCAAACCAGACCACAGUCAAGGACCUCGUCACUCUCAGAAGGUAUGUGGGAGACCAGUUCUCACACCUCCACGACAUUUUGCUUGAGAUGGGUAAGAACCUGUCUCGCCGGCUCGCCGCUGCACAAGCCGAGAAGAAGGAACAGCAGCUGCUAAAGGAGGCGGUGAAGAAGCAGAGCGAGGAUGUGAAGGAAGCCUUAAAGGCGGGCGAGGAUGCAGCAGCCAUUCAGGCACGUCUGCGACCUCGCACGUUUGUCUUCGAUUUCUCCUCUGGCAGCCUCGAUGCAGGAGUCCCCGGCAGCAAGAACAUGAAGAAGCGUUUGGAGGACUUCCAGGAUACGGUCUCAUUUAUCUUGCACUGCGCGACCGAGCAUGAUGAGGCUGUGGUGCGCAUAACAUCGCCGGGUGGUGCCGUCAUCGACUAUGGCUUCGCCUCUGCGCAGCUCAUGCGGCUGCGUCAGCGCGGGCUGAAGCUUACUGCCUGUGUGGACAAGGUAGCUGCAUCAGGCGGGUACAUGCUCCUUGCUCAGGCCGACGCCAUCGUCGCCACACCUUUCUCGCUCGUGGGCUCUAUCGGUGUGCUGGCUGCCCUUCCCAACUUCAACAAAGUCUUGCGGAGGUACGAGGUGGAUUGGCUUCAAUUUACUGGUGGGCGCUACAAGCGAACCGUAGAUCCUUUGUCAGAGCCGACAGAAGAGGGGAUCGAGAAGAUGAAGCAGGAGAUCAACACAAUCCACGAUGCCUUCAAAGGGAUGGUUCUACAGCAGCGGACGCAUCUGGACAUGGACGAGGUCGCAACAGGAGAAGCCUUCCUUGGUGCCGAGGGGAAGGAGCGCGGCUUGGUCGAUCGACUCGCUACCAGUGAUGAGGUGCUCGAGGAGCGCAUGGAGGUGUCAGAUGUCAUUGAGGUGUCCCUCGCGGAGAAGAAGAGGGGGCUGCGCGAGCUUCUGGAAGGAAAGAUGGAGGCAGCAGAAAGCCUUGUCACGGACUGCUGGGAGCGUGCGACCAGUUUGGGACGUCGAGGUGCAGUGGAGCUCAAAGACCCGCAGUUCUGA